AUUCGUCAUAUAAAACCGCCAACACUAAACCGUAUCUAUUCAUCUUAUAAAUUUUUAUGGUGUAUGAGGGUCUGGAGUUAGAAUUGCAUCUUGUUCUUGAUUCUUCCACCGUGUUCAAUCCAUAAGGCUCUGUAGUUGGCAACAUUGGCCAUUUGGUACUCUGAUCAUUUGAAAUUAUCACAAAUUGAGCAUAUGAAGGUACAAAGGCUCCCUUAUACUACCUGUUUGGCAUCAGCCAUUCGUCAAAACAAAGGAAUCACUCAGAAUGUAAAAUACGCGGCCAACUUUUCAUACAUACAGCAAACCAGAUUUAAUUCAACUCAUACUGGAGCUUUUGGAAGCUUAGGCACACCUAUAUUUCAAAAUUCCGCCUUCAAACAAUUCGUAGAUUCCUGCGUAAAGUCAUAUGAAUCCAGCAAAGGAGAAACAGACUCGGUAAUGUCAGAAAUAUUAAGAGGACAUAAUCUCGUCCUGCUCAUGGAAGGAACUAUGGACAAACCAAAGUCACUCUGCGCUGCAAAUAUAGCAAAAAUGUUCACACUUUUGCAAAUCGAUGAUUUACAUACUGUCGACGUAUUAUCCAACAAGGAGGUUUUUGGCUACUUGUGCGCCAACAUGGGUGAACCUGUAAGAAAUAUCCUGUUCAAGGGAGGGAAACCUAUCGCUGGUCACGAUGAAAUACUAGAGCUUUUCGUAAACGGAAAGUUGCUACAAGCUCUCCAAGUUGAAAAGGCCAAGACACGUUACUCUAAUAAGGAAUUUUCUGGUCUCCUGCCUAUCGCUAACUAUUAA